AAGAGACACAAACAAAUUUGACGUUUCUUAGGUAUGUUGUUGUUUAAUGAAACUUACAACUUUUAUAGUUUAUAAUAAUACAGAACUUUUGUGAAAAAAAAUAAAUAAUGGCUGGUGCUCCUGGAGGUGAUGAAACCUUUGAAGCUGCAGAUUUCGACGAGGAUGAGCUAGGUGAAGAGCAAUUCGUCACAACAUCAGCAGGACGUAAAAGAUUAUUUAGCAAGGAACUAAGAUGCAUGAUGUACGGCUUUGGGGACGACAAAAAUCCUUAUACAGAAAGUGUAGACUUACUAGAGGAUUUAGUCAUAGAAUUCAUCACAGAGACAACUCAUAAAGCUAUGGAAAUAGGACGUACAGGUCGAGUGCAAGUCGAGGAUAUCAUAUUCUUAGUUCGAAAAGAUCCUCGUAAGUAUGCUAGGGUCAAAGAUCUACUUACAAUGAACGAAGAACUAAAGAAGGCUCGAAAAGCUUUUGAUGAAAUCAAAUAUGUUGGUAACGAAGCCAAAAUCAAAUAGAGAAUGGACUAAUACUGAAUAUAUAAAGCUUAUAAUAAUUUAACUUGGUAAACACAAUAAAAAUUCAUUUAUUUUAGCACA